CUGUGGGGGUAACUUCUAAAUGACGUUGUCGUGUAUUUCUCCUCCUCAUAAUAUGGGUAAACACUCAAGUGCAGCUAUUUCGAACUGAGGACGGAGGGAAGUGAAAAUGAAGCUGUUGGUAUGCCUAUUUUGCGUGGUCUUAUUGACCUUCUGCACUGAUGCAAACCCCAUCAUCAAGGAGAGUUUUGCAAAGCAGCUACUCCGCACCAAGAGACAGAAGCCUGGACACCCUGAUGAACCUAUGAGGGAACACAUGCUGCAUAUGCAGAGACUUGAGCAGAGGGCUCGAGAGACCAGUAUGGAGCACUGGAUGAACCCUCACUGCUUUCCUCGCUGUGAUCGCAACUACGGCUAUACUGUUUAACGGGCCUGCAGUGAUCCACAGGGCGAAGACAGGAAUUCCGGCGACGACAAAGCUGAUAAAGACCAUGAAAUGGAUUGCAAUAAGAACGAAAAGAGAAAUACCGAGGACGCCAAGGACACAAAAUCCACGAAGACACCCACCUAUCGAUAGUGUAGACGCAUUUUAGAUGUCUUAUUUAGGCUAGAUGAAAAGUCUUAUAAUCGGUAGAUUGUUUUUUUGUUGUUGUUUUUUUUUUUCACGAAAAUCCCAUUUUUAAUAAGAGCCUUAUUAAUAAAAUAAAACUGUUGUGCUCUAAA